AAUAAAUAUUUGAGAGGGUUGGCCACAAACAAAAUAUUUCCACAGAAGUUGCCGCCGAUUAAGAAAACUAUUAACAAACGAAUGAAUAAAAUAAAAGCAGGCCGGGUUACGGAUACACUGAGCGAUGGGUUUCAGGUCUCGUGGAAUAACUUGUCAUAUAUUGUGGAAAAGUCUUCGUUUCCGUGUAUUUCAUACAACAAAUCGACACCAAAAAUGCGGGUUAUCCUCAAAUGUCUGACCGGUUCGUUCAAUAGCUCAGAACUGACAGCAGUUAUGGGACCGUCAGGCGCCGGAAAGUCGACAUUAUUGGCGUGUGUUUGUGGCAAACAAACGAGA